AUGACUCUGCGCAUAACUGUAGCUGAAGACAACAAUUCUACGGAGAACGGACCUGGCCCAAUUAUUCCGAACCGCAUAGAGAAAUCCUCCCCUGCGAUUCCACAGUUGGAUGUUCACCCCCUUGAAGUUGAUCUCCGCUCAACUGCGCGGUUGGGCUCUCCCCAAUCGCGGAUUCAUCAGUCAGAGUCUCCAGUCACAGUUCUCUUUCGCAUCAACAAUAACCGCUGUCGUCAACUGCCAAUGCCAUUCACUGUUUUGAAACUUGCCGUUUUACAUGUGCCAGCCAUACAUGAGUACCACCACGCCUGGCUGCAGGUGUACAUCCAUUAA